AUGGCGCCAUUGGUGAUUCGACAGAGCCAUUCACUCGUUCCAUCACCUCCCCGUCCGCACAAGGGUGAAUACACAAAGCCCGUUGAGGUGAACACCCAUAUCGACCCCGUUGUCUUUGCGAAGCUUUUCGCUGGGACAGUGGGAAUAUUCAUUCUUUCGGUCUUGAUCUGGAAGCUUGGCAAUUUCAUUCGCUCAUUUAGCCAGUACAGGGUGCUGAGAGAGGGCAACUCUCCGACCACGCGAUAUGCGAAGACGUGGUACGGGUGGGUGACUCUCAAGACGCACGAGAGAAAUAAACAGUUCUUUCGCGAUAUCUUUACGAAGGUAUCAAAGUGGACUGCCUGGAAGUCAACGAGAACGGAUUAUCGAUGGGUUUGGUGGGAUCCUGGCCAAGCAGCAUUGACAGCACGACGGAGGAACCGAAGGCUCCUGAGAUGGUUGCCCAAGUUUUUGAUGAGCUAUGAGUCGCCUACUGCUGAUGAAAUUUGGAAUCCCGGUCUCCGUGUUGAGUGUCAUGGUGCAUUGCUGGUGCCCGAGGAGCCUAGUCCGAUCCAGCUGUUUGAGAGGAUAAGGGAACGGUCUGAGGAAAAUGCCGAUCCGAUGCCGCGAAAGCCAUGCAGAACACCCAGUAAAGAGGAAGUAGCCAUCAUUAUGAAGCCACAAGAUGUCUAUGGACAGGGUCAUUCACGACUCAGCAUAUACACUUCUGAAGACCGCCGGGAGGAUGUCGUUUGGUAUGACGCAAGAAUGCAUGUUCUUUCCUCCACCAUAUCGCUUGAAAAUGAUAGAGGCUCGUUGGAAAAAGGAAAAUCUCCGACCAAGCGGGAUGCCUUAUCGAGGCUUCGUUCGAAUGUUGAAAAAGAGACCAUGCACCUUGCACAAUUCGACGGCCCUGGAUCCUUCCGAAUGACUAGACCCCAUGCAGCAAAAUCUCAUCAGCCCUCACGAGACCCACCACGCGGACCUACCAUUCCCCGUGCGCAUGUGCGGAAAUACCAGGUGUGGUCUGCGAAGAUGCAAGUGCAAGCGUCAAAGGCAUUGGUUAAGGAUCUUAGAGACUCGUCUGGACCACCUGGGACGCCUAUCGUGGAAAUGUUUGCUAGCCUUGAUUCAGAGAAAAGUGCUGCUGCAAACACCCAAGAACAGCAAAUGAGCCGUGUCAGUGAAAGGUCGGGAAGCUCUGUCGAAAAGUUUCCCUUCACAAUCCAACAGGCAGUCAUGAGGAAUCGAGCCCACCUUUUGGAUAGAGCACACCCCGGGAAGACUCAGACUCAUUACAACACACUGCCUCUGCGGCUCAAUGGGAUGACGAGAGAUUCCCAAGGAUCUGGGAAGAUGGAGUCCUCUGCUCGUGAUCGGAACCUCGAUAUUACCCGGCACACAGUUCAUGAAGUGCGGGCACAAGAUAAUGUCAAACCUGGACCCCAGGACCACAGAAUCGUACCAGGCCCAGGGAUAGAUCAGAGCAGGAUGAACCUCAAUCAACUCAAUGAUUGGGAGGUCAGACUCAUAGACAUGGUAGACCGAAAAUUGACAUGGCUUGUGAACGAGACAACUCCUGGUCAAAAACCAUACCACUUUUCUUUGCUCGCAAAUCACUGGUUGAAUAGAGAGACUUGGCUGGUAAUUGAUCCCGUAUCAAGAGUUUCCACCGAUGCACGAAGAAAUCAAGGUGAUCCGCGGCACAAUGUCCCUUAUCCAGAGCCGGACCUCGGUCGCAGACCCAAAUACCCUGCCCCCGUGCGGAAACGUGCCCAUCAUCCUCGGAUCGACUCCUGGCGUGCUGCUGUCAACCGUCAGAGGAGAGUAUCCGGAAUAAGAGAACGCAUCCAGCCCGUGGAGUUAUACGAGGAUUCCGCUGAAGAGCCACCGGAUGGUCAUAUUGACCCUGCAUGUUGGAUGUUACCAAGGCCUCCCCAAGGGUUCGAAAUGUCGAGCAAGCAAAGAAACGCGUGGUACGAAGGAGGCGCGGGCUGGCAAGAAAAACUUGAUGACUGGAAAGCAGUGAAACGUGGUUACCGUCUUCGAAGAGGCAUCUUCGAUGGACGGGUUAACAGGAACCGUGUCAUAGAGAUUGGGCAGAAUAUCAACGGAUAUUGUCGCCGGGUCUUGUUAAAGUCAACACCUAAAUCAGCAGAGAGACGAUCAAGAGUUCAGUCAGCGCCUUGA